AUGAUCGAGGACAAGGGUCACCGUGUGACCGACUACUUUGUGGUGGCCGGGCUGACAGACAAGUCCACGCCCCUGGAGCAGGACCUGUCGGAGACCAAGUCCAGCGGGCCCAAAGCACCCAUCACCGACUUGGCCGUCAUCAACAGGUCGGCGGGAGAAACGGUGCCCGAGGGCUUCACGUGCAUCGACAGCACCUACAGCGGCCAGCCGGCCAACCUUAAUCACGGCAGUCUCAAGAGCCCCGAGCUGUUCCUGUGCUACAAGAGGGGUCGAGGGAAGUGUCCCCUCAUUGACAUCGGGGUGCUGUACGAGGGUAAGGAGCGCCUGAUCCAGGGCUGUGAGAUCAUCCAGGCCACGCCGUACGGCCGCUGCGCCAACGUCAACAACAGCUCCGCCACCUCGCAGCGCAUCUUCAUCACCUUACGCCGAGCGCCGCCCGUCCAGCCUCAGAACUCCCUCGCCGUGACGGACAUCUGCGUUAUUGUCACGAGCAAAGGCGAGACGCCCCCACAUACCUUCUGCAAAGUGGACAAGAACCUCAACUGUGGCAUGUGGGGCUCCAACGUGUUCCUGUGCUACAAGAAAUCGGUCUCUGCAUCCAACUCCCUCAGUUACAACGCUGGUCUUAUCUUUCGUUACCCAAAAGAGGACUAUGAGUCUUUUCCUCUGUCAGAAUCUGUCCCCCUGUUUUGCUUACCCAUGGGUGCUAAGAUCGAGUGUUGGGCACCAAACACACCGGAUCCUCUGCCCGUCUUCUCCACGUUUGUCUUAACCAUCUCUUCCGGGGAAAAGGUGUAUGGAGCGGCCAUCCAGUUCUACGAGCCGCAUCCAGUGGACCAGCUGAGCGAGAAGCAGAAGAUCCAGCUGGGCCUGCUCACCACGGUGGAGAAGAAGGUGAUCCCCAACCGUCCCGUAAACACCAACAAAUGCAUCUGCCUGCUCUCCCGCUGGCCGUUCUUUGAGGCCUUCCGCAAGUUCCUGAUGUUCCUCUACAAGCUGUCCGUCUCCGGCCCACACCCGCUGCCUAUUGAAAAGCACAUCUCACACUUCAUGCACAAUGUGUCAUUUCCUUCUCCUCAAAGACCAAGAAUAUUGGUCCAGCUCUCGGCGCAUGACACCUUGAUGCUCUCCCAGCCCGUGUGUACACCCUUACCCCUCAGCGGGGCCGACUACGGCACUCUGCUGCUGAACCUGGGCUCGGAGAACUGCGCCACGCUGCUGCACUUCGUCCUGCUGGAGAGCAAGAUCCUGCUGCACUCCCUCCGGCCCGCUGUGCUCACCGGAGUGGCCGAGGCCGUGGUGGCUAUGAUCUUCCCCUUCCAGUGGCAGUGUCCCUACAUCCCCCUGUGCCCGCUGUCUCUAGCAGGCGUCCUCAACGCCCCAUGUCCAUUCAUAGUGGGCGUGGACUCCCGCUACUUUGACCUUUACGACCCCCCGCCAGAUGUUGUCUGCGUGGAUCUGGACACCAACACUAUCUACCUUUCGGACGAAAAGAGACACAGCAACUGGAAGAACCUCCCGAAGAAGCCCUGCAAGAGUCUGGUGAACUCCCUGAGCAACUUGCACCACCAGCUGGCCAUGGUUUCAGUACGUCAACCCACACAGGAGAACUCGGCAGUGGACAUGACCCCCAUCGAGGCCGACUUCACGUGGCACAAGAAGAAGACCGCCCUGGAGAUGGAGAUCCAGGAGGCCUUCCUUCGGUUCAUGGCCUCCAUCCUGAAGGGCUACCGCUCCUACCUCAAACCCAUCACCCAGGCGCCCUCGGAAAAGGCCACGGCGGCGGACUCCCUCUACGACCUGCAAGGGUUUCUCAAAAGCCGAGACCGAGCCCACCAGAAGUUCUACUCCCAGCUCACCAAGACCCAGAUCUUCAUCCGCUUCAUUGAGGAGUGCACCUUUGUCAGCGACAAGGACACUGGCCUGGCGUUUUUUGACGACUGUGUCGAGAAGCUUUUUCCCUCUGAUAAAAUCACCGACAAGGGCACCAAGGUGGAAGGGGAGUCCUCUGAGGACACGAGGCUGUUGGAACUGGACGAGUCCCAGAAGAGCGAACACACUGUUUUUGUCAUGCCUGCUGAACCUCCAGUUGGCGAUGGAACCGAACCUGCCCCCAGAUACGUCUAUAAAGGUUUCCCCAGGCUGCAGAUGGAGCUGUUUGACGGUCCUCGGGAGUUACUCCCAGCACUCGGCAGCAGAACAGCCGGGGCCAGCGUGUCCAGCAGCCCCGCACUACUGGCUAAGAGGACGAAGCAGGAGAUCAAGCUAGCAUACAAGAUGGCUAAGCGCUUCUACUCCAGUCCUCCGGAGUGGGCCCGGUGUCUGUUCAGUCACUGCUACAGCCUGUGGUUCAUCUGCCUACCAGCGGCCGUGCGACUCUCCAAGUCCAAAAGCCGUGCCAUGCAGCAGGCGUACAACGUCCUCCUGAAGAUGAGGACCACUGAGGUGGAGGUGCUGGAUGAGGUGUGUUACAGAGUGGUGAUGCAGCUCUGUGGUUUGUGGGGUCUUCCUGUCAUGGCUGUGCGAGUCCUGGUUGAGAUGAAGAAAGCCGGAGUACAUCCGAACGCCAUCACAUACGGAUACUACAACAAGGCCGUCUUAGAGAGCCCGUGGCCCAGCAGGAACCGCAGUGGCCUCUUCAUGUGGACCAAGCUUCGUAAUGUGCUUCGUGGAGUGACCCAGUUCAAGCACACUCCAGACCAAACCUCUUCCAAGAAGGGCCCCGCACUUAGUACCACAGGUGGGUCAGCAGUCACCGACGCCGACCGCUUGAGUCAUGGAAGUGCCGACAGCUCAAGUGAGGUCAACGGCGGGGAACGCAACCUGUUUGCACACAGCCACGGCGCGAAAGACACAACAGACAACAGCUGUAGCACAGGAAGGCAGUCUGAUCAAGGCUACGGCUCCAAGGAUGAGCUGCACCAGGUGCUGGCAGAGCCGUCACGUACAGCUGUCCUUUCCGUGGAGGAGAGAAACGGUUCCAAAGCACAGCAUAAUGGAGGCGACAUUGCUGGCUCGAUGGACAGUGCUGUAGCACUAGCAGAGCCCCCCAGUCCUGUUGAUGGACCCUCCCCGGUCCCCAGUAUUGUGAAGCUGUCCACAGGGAGCUUUGAUGGUGGCAGGGAAACGGGUACAGGGAAGCUGUUCAGGCGACACAGCGCGGCUGAUGAUGUGUCUCUCCCUGAUGAUGAUGCCUCGCUGCCGUCAGAUGGAGCUAACCCGCCUCAACAGCAGCGGCAGAAAUCCUUCGCUGAACGCAGCUGUAGCUUCAGCGUUGAAACUCGCGCUGGGAUGCUCCUAGAGAAAGACGUGGACCACAUGGCCAGUCAGAUGGGUGCCGACGCCCGUAUCCUGGCUGCAGCGCUCGGUGCAGGCCAAAGUCCACCCCCUAAUAGUGGGCCCAAAGCCAUUUUUAAAGACCUGCAGGAAGAGCCUGAAGAUGAUCAGGGCUUGACACUGGUGAAGCUGCCAGAGGAAGAUGAGCCAGGAGCACCUGAAGAAGAGAAGGGAGACGACAAAAAGGUAGAAAGGACUGAGUUAAAAAUGGAGAAACGAAAAAGGAAGCACACUGAAACAAACGAGGAGGACUCUGGGCUGCGAGGGCCGACCCUGGAGAGGGCGGACGUGCAGGUGGGUGCUGACCCACUUUCCCUCCUGGUGACUGAGAGCGAAGAGUCGGCCUCUGUUACCAGCCAGGAGCCUCCGCGCUCCGUGCCUGCUGUGGUGUCCCGCAACCUGGCCGAGGAGAUCGAAAUGUACAUGAGCCUGAGAAGCCCCCUGGGUGUGAAGUCCUCCAGCAUGGAGCUCCAGCAGGCCCAGGGAGACUCCACUGACUCCCCACAGCCUAAACAGUCUCUGGAACGCAGGUCUAGCCUCCCCGUGCCGCCUGUAAAAACUCCAACUGGCUCCCCGGGCGAUACACCCAAACGCAGCCCCGCCACUGUUACCCGCUCCAAGACUUUUGCAGUAAAGACAAAGACCCCCGGCAGCGCCGUGGGUACCCCGGGUAUCAGAUCGUCCUCACUGACCGCGCUGGUCAAGUCCUCCCAGGGAGGGUCGUUGGGCUCGGUCAUCAACUCCAUUUCAGGCAUCAAGAUGGACACCCUCCUGUCGGGACCUAAGAUCGAUGUGUUUAAGUCAAGCAUGAAACAGGCGGCAAAUGUAGCCAGCAAAGUGUGGGGAGCCGUUGCUUCAGCCUACUCCUACUCAGAUGACGAGGAAGAACAAGCUCAGGGCGGUGGCGGCUUCCCGUCCCAUCUGGAUGAGCACAUGCUGGCUGCACAUGACAUGGAUGACAGCCCAGAGAGAGGGGUCAUCCCGGGGCUGGUGGCCAACGGCCUGAACCAGAGCUGCACCAGCCUGGGGGGCAGCAGCAGUGGCAGCAGUGACGCAGGCCGAGGGACCCACCAGACCUAUCCGACCCCAGGACGAGCAGGCAGGGGUCCAGACUCUGAGCAAGGCUCCUCGCAUCACGCUUCCUCCUCCAGCAUUUACCAGAACUGUGCACUGGAGGUGCUGAUGUCCAGCUGCUCCCAGUGCCGCUCCUGUGAAGCCCUGGUGUACGAUGAGGAGAUCAUGGCAGGCUGGACGGCUGAUGACUCCAACCUGAACACCAACUGUCCUUUCUGUCGCACAGCCUUCCUUCCCUUGUUGCACGUCGAGUUUCAUGACUUACGCACAGCGACCGGGUUCUACAUGAAUCCCAGUGCCUCAGGAGACAGUAUCCACAGCACCAGUACCCAGCCCACAGCCAGCCGCUCGGCUGAUAUUAAGACCCCCGACCUGAUCUCUUUCCCUGAAGAGGAACCAAGGGAGACUUCAGAUAAUCUGCUUGGAACACAUAAGAGUCUGAUUCCAGAGCCGGCGAUGUCGGACCCCCUUGGUCUCCUGGAGCACGAGGCAGCGGGGAAGCAGCAGAGAAGCAGUGGGACGUCACUGACGCGCAGCAACAGCGUUGGCGGCCCGCUGCAGAGCCUGGACUACACCCAGAGACCUGGACAUGGUGUCUCCACCACCAGCCUGCCCUCCAGCCUGCAGGAGGUGUCGGAUGGCAUGGGACUAAACGGCCAAACCCCAAACCUGUGUCCGUACCGUACUCAGCCCCUUGGUGCUCCGCAAGGGAGCGGAACCCUGUUGGAAAACGAGGGAGAUCAGGUGAUCUACACCCACAAGUUCCUCAGCCAGCACCCCAUCAUCUUCUGGAACCUGGUUUGGUAUUUCCGUCGCCUGGACCUGCACACUCACCUACCUGGUCUCAUCCUCACCUCCGAACACUGCAACAAAGGAGUACAGCUGCCGCUGACAUCGCUGUCCCAGGACAACAAGCAGGUGUACAUCCAGCUCCUGUGGGACAACAUCAACCUGCACCAGGAGCACGGAGAGCCCCUCUACCUGCUCUGGAGGACCUUGUUGGAGAAGAAGGGGACGUUGGCUCCGACGGACCACCAGGAGAUCCGCACCCUCCUCAACACGAUUGUUCACAACAUCCAGACCAACGACGUGUACGGGCCGAUCAACCUGUUGAUCCGAGAGAUCAAACGGCGCCCCGAGGGCGUCAAACGCCAGAGGAGUAUCUAUCGAGAAAUCCUGUUCCUCUCGCUGGUGGCCUUGGGGAAGGAGAACAUCGACGUGGAGGCCUUUGACCGGAGUACCGCUGCGUACGACCAGCUGAGCGCCGAGCAGCUCAAGUCUUUGCACCGCAUCGACCGCCCCCCAGCCCAGCUCCAGUGGUGCCUGAAAUGCUUCGGGACCCCCGUCAUCUGACCCCACACGCCCACGAGGAGCGGGGACAAUAUUUUGUACAUAAAACACCCCCCAUCUCCCAAACAUGGUACUUCCUCUUCUCGCUUCUCGGAAGAUCGUCUGCUUUUUUUUUUUUUUU